AUGCCAUCCGCCGCCCGUCCAACACCACUCUCUCGGGCCCGCGAGGCACCCACAAAGAAGAAGCAAAGAAAGGCCCAGGAAGUGUCCGACGGUGAAUUCGAUCAGACCAACAGCCAGGAGAGCGAAGACAGCGAUGAUCACGGAGGCGUUGCCCUCGACUCCGAGCUUGACUCAGAUGCUGGGAGCGCAGCUUAUGACGACGAGCAGUCAGAAUCACAGUCACAAUCACAAUCACAAUCACGGUCACCAUCACAAGCAAGAUCAGAUUCAGAUUUAGACUCAGAUUCAGACUCCCUAGACAACGACGGCCCCAGGAAACGGCGCCGCACAUCGGAGUCUCCGGCGCCGCUAGACUUGCUUGACGACGAUGACGAUUACGAAGAUGUGAAGCAGCCGGCUGCGCAGCCAGUCAAGCUGCCCAUCUCUGUGCCGUCUCGCAUCAAACGCAACAACGCCCAGCCGGCGAAACCGGCCGAACCCCCCAAGGCAGCCGAACCCGAGCCCGAGUCGUCUGGCGGGUUAACGACCCGUGUUGACCCCAACACAACGUUCGAGUCACUCGGCGUGGCCCCCUGGCUCGUGCAAUCACUAGCAAACAUGGCCAUUAGACGGCCAACACCCAUCCAAAGGGAGAGCAUUCCAAUGCUGCUCAAGGGCCGGGACUGCAUCGGUGGGAGUAGGACCGGUUCGGGCAAGACUGUAGCCUUCUCCGUGCCAAUUCUGCAAAAAUGGGCCGAGAACCCGUCGGCCAUCUUUGCUCUGAUCCUGACCCCGACUCGCGAAUUGGCCCUGCAAAUAUUUGAGCAAAUCAAGGCCAUCUCCUCCCCAUACUCGCUGAAAGCCAUCUUGGUCACGGGCGGCACCGACAUGCGCCCCCAGGCCAUUGCCCUGGCUUCGCGCCCACACAUUGUCAUUGCUACGCCCGGCCGUCUGGCCGACCACAUCCGGACGUCUGGUGAAGAUACAGUCUGCGGUCUGCGCCGGGUACGCUUCGUGGUGCUCGACGAAGCCGACCGGCUACUCGCCGCCAACGGCCCAGGCAGCAUGCUCCCCGAUGUCGAAGAAUGCCUCUCAGCACUCCCGCCCCCGGCCGAGCGGCAAACCCUCCUCUUCACAGCCACCAUCACCCCCGAAGUGAUGGCCCUGAAGAGCAUGCCCCGUGCUCCGGGCCGACCCCCCGUCUUUGUCUGCGAAGUCGACACCGAAAACCUCGCCAUCCCCCCAACCCUGCGACAAAUGCACCUCCAAGUGCCUGUCACCCACCGCGAGCACUACCUUCACGUUUUCCUUUUGACCCCGCAAAACGUCGACAAAUCCGUCAUCAUCUUCUGCAACCGCACAUCGACGGCCGACUUUUUGCACCAUCUCCUGCGCCUGCUCGGCCAUCGCGUGACCGCUCUGCACUCGCGUUUGCCCCAGCGCCAGCGUAUCGACAACCUAGGCCGGUUCCGUGCGCAGGCGGCGCGCAUUUUGGUCGCCACGGACGUCGCGUCCCGUGGUUUGGAUAUUCCUGAAGUGAAGCUGGUCAUCAACUACGACAUCCCGCGGGAUCCAGACGACUACAUCCACCGCGUCGGUCGCACGGCGCGUGCGGGACGGAAGGGUGACGCGGUGACGUUUGUCGGGCAGAGGGACGUAGAGCUAGUGCUGGCGAUUGAGAAGCGGGUUGGCAGGCAGAUGGAGGCGUGGUCGGAGGAGGGGGUUAACCUGGAGACGAGGGUCAUUCGGGAUGCGCUUAAGCUGGUAGGUGAGAAGAAGAGAGAGGCGUUGUUGGAGGUUGAAGAAGGGAGGGAGGUGGGCGGGAAGAGGAAGCGGACGAAGCUCAAGCUUAAUAGAACGUAG